AUGUUAGCAACUCAACUUCCAUUCGAAAUUCUCUUCCACAUUGCUAGCUUUCUACCUCCCAAGGAAAAGCGGAUAGGCUCUGUGGUUUGCAGAACAUGGUCCCAACCUUUCGAAGAAUCGCUAUGGAAUCCGAUUGAUAUCAAGGGAAACUGGCAGCUCUGGGCAUUGUGCGAAAAGAUGUCUGGCUCAGCAGAAUCCAAUAGGGGAUACAGACAGCUCAUUCAGGAAUUGACCCUGUCAGCGUACUCAGUCAGUGUUGCCGGAAUAUGCCGUUUGAUGGAGCAGCGCUUUCCAUCAAUCAAGUCCUUUUGCGUUGAAAAAGAUAUCUGGCUCUGUAGAUAUCCACCCAGCGUUACCGAUUGGCGUCACUGGAAAAGCUUGAAACAACUGAGCUUUCACAUAUACGGUGAUAAGACAACCGUGCCCGCCUUUUUCAGUGCCUUGUCCUGUUUACCUGCUCUCACUCAGCUCAAGCUAACCUAUGACUCAUUCAAGGACCGCGAGCCAUUCUGCAUGGAUGAUCUCGAAACCCUUCUCACCAGUACUCCCCACCUAAAGACCUUACUGUUGACUGCAAAGAUGCGAGAUAUAUCACAAGAGGAUAUAGCACGUCUCAGAGAUCUCAAACCGUCGAACCAGCUGAUGUGUGUGUCUUUUGAGAUUCCUUCAUGGGACCUCCGGUGGCUGUAUUACUGGGCCAUCAAGGCUCCUAACCUAUCCUCACUCGACUGGAAACUGAUGAAGUACCCAAGCGACAAAAAGGGCCAUCUAGAUGAAGCAACCUCAUUGUUUGGGUCAUUAAAGAAUGCUUUCCAAAAGACAGAAUGCUUCAAGCUGAAUAUUCUCGACAGUCCAUUCUCAAGUCAUAUACUCGACUGGCUUCGCCACUACGACACUCCUCUCAAAUAUCUGGAAUAUUCUACGGAUGGAGAAGCUGAUGAACCAGCCAUUAUUACAGACGGGAAGAGCGAGAGGGUCCUGUUUUCAUUUGGCUGCCUUGAGUCGAUCAUCCUAAGAUUCAUCAAUAGUUCUAUAGAGCUCCCUGUUUUGCUUACCACACUCGGACAAUGUACUCUCCUUGUGGAUCUUAAUCUUAUUGCACCUGAGCUAGCGAUUGAUAUCGAUAGUCUUCUGGACAGCUGUAGGUUUCUCAAGAAGUUACAAUUGGACAUCAAGUAUCUUUCAGUCAAUCCAAAGAUAUCUCCAAAUACUAUUAUGCACGGACUGCGGUUUGUGGAACUCCAGAACACCAGUAUUUCGAGCUCGUUCUUUGGCUAUCUCUCGGAAAGGUGUCGUAUACUCCGACGGCUGUGCUUGAUUAGAGUUGCUAUCCAAGGUACGAGGCAGAAAUCAAGCGGGGGCUUGCCUAUCGAUAUGCCUUUUACACAUCUCGACACACUACUGAUGAGAUCUGUGGAGCUAUAUGCACUAAAGUCACCAAGUAACUUUGACCGGGCACGUAUGAAUCUAUUGUCUUUUAUUCAGCUCAAAGAUAAUGACUCUACAUCUAAUUAUCGAUGGCAACAAACUCAGCUCAGAGAUUGUUGCGCACCGCCUCCUACCAGGUCCCCAGAUUGGUAUCAUUGGUAUCUUUCAGAAGAGACACCUAGUCGACCUGUAUUUUGGAAAUUAAAUAAAUCAGAAGCAAGAUACACCGAGGGCUACUUUAGAUCAGAAUGGCGCAUGUUUAUGUCAGUCACCAGUCUACUUGGAGGAGUGCGGUUUUGGACACCUAAUGUAAGCAAGGCAUAUUGGAAAGAAGACCUCCUUAGAGGGUAUGCAGCAAUUCAGAUUGGUUCAGUUGAGCAUUUUAUUAUAGAAUGA